UUUCUUGACAGGAAACACCUAUGGGCUGUUCAUAGCUUGCAAUCACCGGAUUCUUUCAUGUUUGAAACUAUAAAAAAUCCCAUGUUCAAGAAGAUUGAAAGAGAACUCAGGCGGGUUACCAAAGGGAAACGCAGUUCUCCUCCGCCGCGCCUUCCACCACCACCACCAACUUCUCCUCCUCCUCCUCCUCCUCCUCCACCUCCACCACCACCAGAGCCCCCCCAGUCACCGCCGCCAGAGCCUUCUCAAAAUCCAUCAGAACCCACUCCAUUCCUAUUUCCUUCAACUCACUCCACAGUCCUCCCUGAUCCUUCACUUUUCUUUUCCCCUGAACUCCUCUCAGCUCCUCUCCCUACAAACAGUUUCUUCCAGAACUUUACACUCAAUAAUGGUGACCAACCUGAGUUCAUCCAUCCUUAUUUGAUCAAAUCCUCUUUGUCCUCCGUUUCUGUUUCCUACCCAUCAAUCUCCUCCAACUCUGCUUCAAUAUGCCAAGUUUUCACGCCUGAUCUCACCAUCUCUCCCUCUGAUAAAAUAGACCCACUUCCCCAGAAAUCUCAUGUAAUCUCCUCAUUCAAUGAUUUGAAUGUCACUUUGGAUAUUCCUUCCUCCAACCUCCGUUUCUAUCUCGUCCGGGGAAGCCCCUUUCUGACUUUCACAGUUUCCAAAGGGGUCGCCUUUUCAAUCUCCACCAUUCAUGAAGUCAUCUCCUUUUCCUUUAACAAUGCACUCACCAAAUACACAAUAAAAUUGAAAAACAAUCAGACAUGGAUUAUUUACUCCUCGCUUCCCAUCAAUUUGACGCAUAGUCUUUCUGUGAUUACUUCUGGGGGAUAUGCAGGAAUCAUUAGAAUUGCAGCAUUGCCAAAUAAUGACCCGGAAUGUGAACCGAUACUUGACCGGUUUAGUUCGUGUUACCCCGUGUCAGGCGAGGUACGAUUUACAAAGCCAUUUUGUUUGGAAUACAAAUGGGAGACGAAAGGGUGGGGGGAUUUGCUCAUGCUUGCACACCCUCUGCAUCUUCGUCUCCUAGCAGGUACUGAUAAAGAUGUAGUCAUUUUAGAUAAGUUCAAGUAUAGAAGUAUAGAUGGUGAGCUGGUUGGUGUGGUGGGAAGUUCAUGGGCUUUGAAACCAGAACCUAUUUUAGUAAGCUGGCAUUCAAUGAAGGGUGUAGAGGAAGAAUCCUUUACUGAUAUCAUUUCUGCACUUGAUAAAGAUAUUGAGUCUCUAAAUUCAACAACUAUGACAACAAAAUCUCCUUAUUCAUAUGGGAAAUUGAUAGCAAGAGCAGCAAGGUUGGCAGUGAUUGCUGAAGAAGUGAGAUAUCUUCAAGUACUUCCAGACAUAAGAAAGUUUCUAAUGGGCGCAAUUGAGCCUUGGUUAAAUGGGACACUGGAGGGGAAUGGCUUUGUAUAUGAUGAAAAGUGGGGUGGAAUUAUCAGCAAAGAAGGGUCCUUUCAUUCUGGUGCAGACUUCGGAUUUGGAAUAUAUAACAAUCACCACCAUACUCUGGGCUACUUUUUCUAUGCCAUUGCUGUGCUAGUGAAAAUCGACCCCGCUUGGGGGAGAAAGUACAGCCCUCAAGUUUAUGCUCUUAUGGCAGACAUCAUGAACUUGAGCAGGCGAUCCAAUUCAAAGUUCCCAAGGCUGAGAUGUUUUGAUGCGUAUAAAUUGCACUCUUGGGGUACAGGAUUGGCUGAGUUCAUGGAUGGCCGGAGUCAAGAGAGCAUCAGUGAAGCAGUAAAUGCUUACUAUUCUGCAGCGUUGGUGGGGCUAGCCUAUGGAGACGCCGACCUUGUAUCCAUUGGCGCUACGCUAGCAGCGCUGGAGAUUAAAGCAGGCCAAAUGUGGUGGCAAGUAAGGGAAGGACAAGCUUUGUACGAGGAAGAAUUUGUCAAGGAAAACAGGUUGGUCGGAGUGUUGUGGUCUAACAAGAGAGACAGUGGCUUAUGGUUUGGUCCUGGUGAAUGGAAAGAGUGCAGGCUUGGAAUCCAGGUGCUGCCCAUGUUGCCCAUCACUGAGCUGCUGCUAUCAGAUGUUGGGUUUGUGAGAGAGGCUGUGAACUGGGCGUUGCCUUCUCUGGGAAGAGAAGGAGUUGGGGAAGGAUGGAAAGGCUUUGUUUAUGGCAUGGAAAGCGUUUAUGAUAAAGCUGGUGCCUUGCAGAAGAUUAGGAACUUGGAAGCUUUUGAUGAUGGAAACUCACUUACCAACCUGUUAUGGUGGGUUCAUAGUAGAGUCAAAGAAGGAGAAGCUAAUAUCAGCUGCACCAAAGUGCAGCUACUUUAGCACCAAAUUUCUCUUAUUCAGAUCAAUGUCAACUUGUAUACAUAAACAAAUAAAAAAAUCAAGCUCCGACUGAUUUGACUUGUUACGUAUC